AAUAGAAGACGACUAGACGGAUUUCUCUCUCCUCUGGCUAGAGAGAAGGAGGUAACGAAAAUGCCAUUCAUAUCGAAGAUUCAGCGGCAGUCGGACUACAGGAGCUUCCCUCCAAACCACCCAAUCGUCAUCGACAAUGGCGGCUCCUAUUUCCGCAUUGGAUGGGCGGGAGAGAGCGAGCCUCGCGUUAUUUUCCGAAACAUUAUUCAGAGACCGCGCCAUAAGAUUACUGGUGAAACUAUAACAGUUGUCGGGGACCAUGAUCCCGCUUUACUGAAAUAUUUUGACUGCACAAGGUCAGGACCUCGCUCGGCUUUUGACAGCAACGUUGUUUAUCAAUUUGAGAUAAUGGAAUAUAUUCUCGACUUCGGCUUCGAUCGGUUGGGGGCAGAUGAAUCACAGAUCAACCAUCCAGUCUUGAUAACGGAAUGCUUGUGCAAUCCAGUACAAUCCCGGAGUAAAAUGGCAGAACUUCUUUUUGAGACUUAUGGAGUGCCGUCUGUAGCGUUUGGGGUCGAUGCAGCAUUCAGCUAUAAGUACAAUCAACAGCUUGGCAUUUGUAGUGGCGAUGGACUAGCUAUCUGCUCUGGAUUUAAUACAAGUCAUGUUAUCCCGUUUUUGAAUGGAGAACCUGUCUAUGAAGCAUGCUGCCGGACUAAUGUUGGCGGAUAUCACAUCACCGAUUACCUAAAGCAACUUCUUUCCCUCAAAUAUCCUCAUCAUAUGUCUCAUCUUACAUGGGAGAAGGCUGAAGACCUCAAAAUGGAACAUUGUUAUAUUGCAAAGGACUAUGCGUCUGAAGUUCACUUGUUUCAGAAAGGGGACAAGGAAGCGGAAGAAAAGACUAGGUGUUGGCAGCUUCCUUGGACUCCCGCACCAAUAGAAGAGGCUCCGUCUGAGGAAGAAGUUGCUAGAAAGGCAGCUUUGAAAGAGAAGCAAGGUCAACGAUUAAGGGAGAUGGCUGAAGCUAAGAGGUUUAAUAGGAUAAACGAUCUUGAAAAUGAAAUAAGAGACUUGGAUAUUCUGCUACAGAGACUCAGGAAUGCAUCAGAGCAUGAUAUUCCUUCAAUACUUGCAAAGACUGUGCAUACUUCACAACAAGAAGUUGAAUCUGCCCUGUCGAAGGCUACACAAUCUUUACGGAAAGCAAAGGGAGAACCUGUUGAAAGCGUGGAGAAAUCGGAUUCUUCCUCUGUCGAUAGAUACAAUCUCAUUAGUAUACCUGAUGAGAUGCUUACGCCAGAGCAGAUCAAGCAAAAGAGAAAACAAGUGUUUAUCAAAUCUACAUCUGAUGCAAGGCAACAGAAGAAACAGAAACAGCUCGAGGAGGAAAUGGAAAGAGAGAGACAAAAGAAACUAGAGGAAGAAAGACGACUAGAAAAUCCAGAGCUAUAUUUGGAAGAGUUGCGAGCAAAGCACCGGGAUCUUUCUGAGAAAGUGGAGCAGAGAAAGAGGUUUAAGACAAAUGGUGGACAGACCAAUGGGAAUGAGAAUGGGUCAGGAGGCGUUGGCCGCGGGGAGAGGCUAAAUUCGUCUCAGAGAGAAAGAAUGCGCCUCUUGACCACAGCAGCCUUUGACCGAGGCAAGGGAGAGGAUACUUUUGGUGCAAAAGAUGAAGAUUGGCAGCUCUACAAGCUGAUGAGUCGGGACAACGAUGAUGAUGACGAUGAUAAGCCAGAUCCAGAUGAAGCAGAGUUAACUCGCCUCUCUUCUAGGCUACAGGAAAUCGACCCGACCUUUUUCAAACCUGAGCCCGGGUCCUCGUCUGCAGAGGCUCCUCGCUUUCGCCCUUUAACCAAAGAAGACUUCCAGAUCAUACUCGGAGUAGAAAGAUUCCGGUGCCCAGAAAUCCUCUUCAAUCCAAAUUUGAUCGGCAUUGAUCAGGCCGGGAUGGAUGAGAUGGUGGGAGUCUCUCUAAGGAGGUUGCCAUCAAAAGGCAGAGACGUGGAAGAUAGAAUGACGGAGUCGAUUUUACUGAUGGGCGGAAGCUGUCUGUUCCCGGGGAUGAGAGAGCGGUUGGAGGGUGGAAUUCGGAUGAUCCGGCCUAGUGGUACGCCUAUAAAGAUUGCAAGAUCAUCGGAUCCGAUUCUUGAUGCUUGGCGCGGAGCUUCGGCUUAUGCUAGUGCGAUGCAAUUUCCACAGCAAACGUUUACUAAGAUGGAUUACGAUGAAAAAGGUGAAGAUUGGCUGCGAAGUUAUCGACCUAGAUACACUAUUUGAUUAGUAUUAUGUAGCAACAAAGAUUUUUUCUGAACUUCCUAUCUCAUUUUAGAAAGAGAAAUCAAAUUUAUUCCCUCAGAAACGACA